AUGGAGGACUCAGAGACUGACUUGACUUCGUCUGAACAGGACGCACUUGGGGCAGACUUCAUCACGGUGGAACUGGACACCCAGCCCAUAGAAUAUGUUGUCAAGUGGGCUGAGGUCGGGUCCAAGUUCACAAUAUCCUGUGUGAAAAAGGAGGCGGACGAGGGGUCUGGCCUAAAUCUGGAGCAUGUGAAGGCAGAGCCAGAUGAGCCCUUCUUUGCCCAAUAUGAAGAGGAGUUCCCUGGCUGUGAGAUAGCAGAACAGAGUGUUGUAGUAAAGACGGACGACUCGGAUGAGGAUGACCACACUGAGCCAGGGAGUAGCCAGCUGGUCCCUGUUGGAGAUGGCUCUGAUUCGGGCUCAGAGAAAGGGGAAUAUAUCUCACCAGGGGGAUACUACAGCUGCAACUACUGUGGGAAGUGCUACAGUCAUUCCUCGAGCCUCUCAAGACACCAGCAAUUGCAUACGGGAAAGGCACCCCCACCCCCAAACAAGCAAACCGAUAUAGGGUCAGGUGAGGGGAACAAAUACAAAUGCACGCAGUGUGCAAUGCGAUUCAAAAGCAGAAGAGCUCUCGGAACUCACCUGAGAACACAUCGGGGAAUGCGAGUUUACCCAUGCAACAUCUGUGGGAAGGAUUUUAACCACAGCUCCAGCUUGUCGCGUCAUAGGCUCAUCCACAAAAAAGGGAAGGGUAUUCCCUCUGGUGUCAUACCUGCUGAAAUAAAUUAUGUCCGCCGCCCACCUGGCAGCAGGAAAAAGAAGAAGCAGGCUGGUGAGAAGAAGAUCCCUGGCGACAAGAAGUUCCCUACUGAGAAGAAGUUCCCUAUCGGGAAGAACCUCCCUGGAGAGAAAUUCUACGCAUGUACACAAUGUGAUAUGACCUUCAAGAACUCCAUUGGCCUCUCGAAACACCAGGUCUCUCAUGUAAAGGACCUGCUGAAUAACUAUGCCCAGGGUAAAGACAGUCUCACCAAGUCCUCAGACUUGAAAAUACGCCUCAAGUUGUGCUCGAGGGACAAACCCAACUUUUACACCCUCUGUAAGAAGAACAAGCGGUCAAGAGCUGCCAAGCGCCAGCGCCAAGCAUCAGUCUCUGAGGAAGAGGAAGGACCAUAUGCAUGCGAGCAGUGUGACAAGCGCUUCAGCCAAGUGCAGAGCCUCGUCAGGCACCAGCAAAUGCACAAAGGAGACAAGUUCAGCUGCUCUUACUGUAAAAAGACCUUCACCAGGUUGUCCAACCUCCACCACCAUGAGAGAUCUCACUCCACACGGGGGAAUUACGAAUGCACCACCUGCAGCAAGACAUUUGUGCACUCGUCCAGCUACUCCAGGCACAAGCGGCAGCACGCAGAGGAGGAGGAGGAGGCCCGCCAGCAGAAGGGCAUAGAUGAGAUGGAGCCACUUGAUUCAGACUCUGAGUGA